CAACUGCUUGUCGGAGUCCAACGUCAACGCAGGGUUAUCCACAGCAGAACCGCAGCAAUGGCCACUCUUUCUUCCGACCUGAUCUGGGAAAUUACUCGCGGCCACAGCGCUACCCUCGUUAAGAGGAAGGAGGCUGGUGGUGUACAGUUCUCGCGGGACAAGCUCAACUUGAGGAACAAGUACUCCCGCAAGUAUGAGGGCCUAGUCGCCGACAAGGCCAUCGGUGUUCAGCCCGGCGAUGACGGCGGCGUCGUUCUCCUCACCAAGAAGCCCAAGAAGGCCAACCAGCCCUCGUCCCACAUCCAGGUCUCCACCUUCGGGUCCGGCCGCUCGACUCGCAAGACCUACUCCGCCAUCGUCAAGUCGACCGCGAACCGCGGUUACCGCCCCGAUCUCCGCAAGGACGCCGUUGCCCGCGCCUCUGCUAUCCGCAGGAGCCAGAAGCCCGUGAAGGACGACAAGCAGACCAAGCUGAGGGGUGCGAAGGCGAGGGCUGAGGCUCAGGGUCUGUCGAGCUAGAUGGGCUGAGGAAGAUGGUGAAUGAGGAGGUGGAGUUUACUUCAAUCGGUUCAUUCGGGUCAUGGAGCUUAUGAAUGGCAUGCAUUGAUCAGGGCUGGGUCUCCAUAGUGGAAAGUCUAGGAGAACAUGAAGAACCAACUUUCAAGUUUCCCUGAGGGCGCGGAUGCCCUCCCGA